AGAGGCGAGGAGUGAGUGAGUGAGGCAGGGAGUGAAUGAAUCAGUGAGUGAGUGAAUCAGUGAGUGAGGCAGUGAGUGAGUGAGGCAGGGAGUGAGUGAGGCAGGGAGUGAAUGAAUCAGUGAGUGAGUGAAUCAGUGAGUGAGGCAGUGAGUGAGAGAGGCAGUGAGUGAGUGAGGCAGGGAGUGAAGCAGGGAGUGAGUGAGGCAGGGAGGGAGUGAGUGAGGCAGGGAGUGAGAGAGGCGAGGAGUGAAGCAGGGAGUGAGUGAGUGAGGCAGGGAAUGAGUGAGGCAGGGAGUGAGUGAAGCAGGGAGUGAGUGAAGCAGGGAGUGACGCAGGGAGUGAGUGAGGCAGGGAGUGAGUGAGUGAGGCAGGGAGUGAGUGAGGCAGGGAGUGAGUGAGGCAGGGAGUGAGUGAAGCAGGGAGUGAGUGAAGCAGGGAGUGAGUGAGGCAGGGAGUGAGUGAGGCAGGGAGUGAGUGAAGCAGGGAGUGACGCAGGGAGUGAGGCAGGGAGUGAGUGAGACAGGGAGUGAGUGAGGCAGGGAGUGAGUGAGUGAGGCAGGGAGUGAGUGAGGCAGGGAGUGAGUGAGGCAGGGAGUGAGUGAGGCAGGGAGUGAGUGAGUGAGGCAGGGAGUGAGUGAGGCAGGGAGUGAAUGAGUGAGGCAGGGAGUGAAGCAGGGAGUGAGUGAAGCAGGAAGUGAGUGAAGCAGGGAGUGAGUAAGGCAGGGAGUGAGGUAGGGAGUGAGUAAAUCAGUGAGGCAGGGAGUGAGUGAAUCAGUGAGGCAGGGAGUGAGUGACGCAGGGAGUGAGUGACGCAGGGAGUGAGUGAAUCAGUGAGGCAGGGAGUGAGUGAAUCAGUGAGGCAGGGAGUGAGUGACGCAGGGAGUGACGCAGGGAGUGAGUGCGGCAGGGAGUGAGUGAGUGAGACAGGGAGUGACGCAGGGAGUGCAUCAGGGAGUGAGUGAGACAGGGAGUAAGACAGGGAGUGUUUGAAUCAGUGAGUGAAUCAGGGAGUGAGUGAGACAGGGAGUGAGUGAGACAGGGAGUGAGUGAAUCAGGGAGUGAGUGAGACAGGGAGUGAGUGAGACAGGGAGUGAGUGAGACAGGGAGUGAGUGAAUCAGGGAGUGAGUGAGACAGGGAGUGAGUGAGACAGGGAGUGAGUGAGACAGGGAGUGAGUGAGACAGGGAGUAAGACAGGGAGUGUUUGAAUCAGUGAGUGAAUCAGGGAGUGAGUGAGACAGGGAGUGAGUGAUACAGGGAGUGAGUGAGACAGGGAGUGAGUGAGACAGGGAGUGAGUGAGGCAGGGAGUGAGUGAAUCAGGGAGUGAGUCAGUGAGUCAGUGAGUGAGGCAGGGAGUGAGAGAGGCGGUGUGUUGCAGGGUGCAGCAGCAGACGAGCGGCGAUGACGGAGGGCACCACGCUGCUCCGCCGGCGCGGGGGCCCCUACCGCACGGAGCCGGCGUCCGAGCUGUCGCGCUGGCGGCUGAGGAACGAGGACGGGAGGCAAACGUGGAGCUUCGUGGAGUGCGGGGACGGCGAGGGGCGGCCACAGAACGUAGUCGAGCGGCACGCCCUGGGUCUCGACACCGCGGAAUUUGCCGGGAAUCUUCCGCGAGCGGCAACGGCACGGGAGGCGGCGCGCAAUGGCAUGGCCUUCUACAAACUCUUGCAGACCGAGGAUGGACACUGGUCUGGAGACUACGGGGGGCCUCUCUUUUUGCUGCCAGGACUGCUCAUCACUUGCCACAUUGCUCACAUCCGCCUGGCCGAGAUGCAGAAGCGGGAAAUGGUGCGGUACCUGCGCUCAGUUCAGCUACCUGACGGAGGCUGGGGCUUGCACGUAGAGGACAAGUCCACAGUGUUUGGCACUGCGCUUAAUUACGUGGCCAUGCGGAUCCUUGGCGUGGACUCUGACGACGCAGACCUGGUGCGGGCCCGUGCGAACCUGCACGCCAAAGGCGGUGCUAUUGGAAUUCCAUCGUGGGGCAAGUUUUGGCUCGCUGUGCUCAAUGUGUACAGCUGGGACGGCAUGAACACCCUCUUCCCAGAGAUGUGGCUGCUGCCGCGGUGGUUUCCCGCGCACCCGUCCUCGCUGUGGUGCCACUGCCGCCAGGUCUACCUGCCCAUGAGCUACUGCUACGCCGUGCGGCUCUCGGCCUCCGAGGACGACUCCCUCGUCCGUAGUUUGCGACAGGAAUUAUAUGUGCAAGACUAUGCGACGAUAGACUGGCCUGCUCAGCGGAAUAAUGUGGCACCGUGUGAUCUGUACACGCCGCACAGCUGGCUGCUUGACUUUGCAUAUGGGUUUCUGAAUGUGUAUGAGCGGCUGCAUGUGACGAAGCUGCGCAAGAUUGCCAUGGAGGAGCUAUACGACCAUAUUUGUGCUGACGACCGCUUCACAAAGUCCAUCAGCGUUGGCCCUAUCUCCAAAACCAUCAACAUGUUGGUGCGGUGGCAUGUGGACGGGCCCACCUCUUCUGCUUUCCUGGAGCACGUGGAGCGGAUCCCUGACUACCUCUGGAUUGGGCUGGAUGGAAUGAAGAUGCAGGGAACGAAUGGGUCCCAACUCUGGGACACAACUUUUGCAGUGCAAGCUUUCCUAGAGGCGGAAGCUCAAGACAUCCCAGAGCUUGAAGAGUGCCUUCGUCACGCACACGCGUUUUUGGAGCUCACCCAGAUCCCUGAAAACCCUCCGGAUUAUCAGAAGUACUACAGGCAGAUGAACAAGGGUGGAUUUCCGUUCAGUACACGGGACUGUGGCUGGAUCGUUGCAGACUGCACAGCGGAGGGGCUCAAGUCUGUGAUGCUGCUGCAGGAAGCUCGCCCUGGUCUGGUGCAGAACCCCCUGCCUGCAUCACGCCUGUUUGAUGCGGUCAAUGUGCUUUUGAGCAUGCGUAAUGCAGACGGGGGAUUUGCUACUUACGAGACCAAGCGUGGUGGACGGCUGCUCGAGCUGAUAAACCCCUCGGAGGUGUUUGGAGACAUCAUGAUCGACUACACAUAUGUGGAGUGCACGUCAGCGGUGAUGCAGGCACUGCGCCACUUCCAGGAGGCGUUCCCCGACCAUCGGCACCACGAGAUCCAGGAUACCCUGGAAAAGGGGCUGGAGUUCUGCAGGAAUGUGCAACGGCGUGACGGCUCCUGGGAGGGGAGCUGGGCUGUAUGCUUCACAUAUGGAACAUGGUUUGGACUGGAAGCAUUUGCUUGCAUGGGUCAUCGGUACCACGAUGGGGGUGCAUGUGCGGAGGUGAGCUGCGCCUGCACAUUCCUGGUGUCAAGACAGAUGUCUGACGGAGGCUGGGGUGAAGACUUUGAGUCAUGUGAACGCAGAGUCUAUGUGCAGAGUGAACGCUCACAAAUCCACUGCACAGCCUGGGCCCUGCUGGGACUCAUGGCAGCCAGGUACCCCCACACAAACGUGAUUGAGAAAGGCAUCCGUGUGCUGAUAGAAAAGCAGCUGCCAAAUGGAGAUUGGCCCCAGGAGAACAUCGCGGGCGUGUUUAACAAGACGUGCGCCAUCAGCUACACCAGCUACAGGAACGUGUUCCCUGUGUGGGCACUGGGGCGCUUUGCUCGGCUCUACCCAUCCAGUGUGCUGGCUGGCAAGGUCAAAGUGUGACCUUCCCGAUAGCCAGACGGGCGCUUCAUAACUGAAGGAUCUUCUGUCAUAUUCAUUGGGAAAUGUGCUGCUGCAUUUAUAAAGUGGUUACGAAAUGUUAAAUAAGCUAUUAGUUGUGAUAAAUAGUUUUCCUUUGUCAGAAAAAAAUUAUUCAUUAUCAAGAUAUUUUCAUAGGUCUACUGUGAACACACCCAGUCAAAAGCUCUCCAAGCUCAAACAAGUUUUGGGUCGUGACUAUCUUGGUAGAUUUGAGUCAGGAGUGAUUUAUAUCUGUACUAUGACCAAUAUCCUGCAGUGGAGCAGUGAGUAGCCACCGAGAGCUUAGGUAAAGCCCUCCGAACGGGCUUUACCUAAGCCCUAUGAAAGGGAAGUUUCAGAUAAAACUCAAUACAGUAUUCACAAUUACACUGUGGUGCUGGUUAAGUGGUUGCAAUUGGUUCCAUUCUACCUUGAUGGAAUGCCAGCCAAUAGAGAAUCACAAAGUUUGCAAUUUUUCUCGAGUUGUUUUGUCUCCACGAUUGAACCUCAUUCCAUAAUCUCUUAGUCCACAAUGUAGAAUAAGGUGUGGAGGGCAGGGAUAGGCAUAGGAGACAGGUGGCUCAGAUUAAGAGUGCUUGGCUCUUUUCAAACCUAUUUACCAGCUUGCAUUCGUAGCACGUGGUAGACUGACACAAUCAGUAAAAUUGUUCCCCUGUGCAUCUGCUAUUGGCAUCCAUGUGCUCUUAUUUUUGGACAUUCAUUUAAUCUGUUAAACUUUUGUUACGUCAGCCGCCAAAGAUAUUAUUUCAACCCGCCAAAAUAAUUGUACUCUGCCGACCUUUGAUUAUAGGACAUAAACAGGGCAGGGCCACAGAAUUGUGAAAUUUCACAGUAUCUUACACAUGCGGCAAGGGAAUUUCCACUAUUCAGGUGGCACAUGUAAAUUCUGGAACAUUAUUGUGCCCGUUUCAUCCGUGGGAGAAUCUGCCCAAGUGCAUUUGUGGAUAGCAACAUUUGAACGACUUAUCAGAAAGUGUUUUCUUAAUUACAUAGUGUAAUAAUUGUUAAUUAUUAGGGUGUAAAAGUCAAUGUUUUGUCCCUCUUAAUAUAGAAAUUACUUUCCACACUUUUUCAACAAAAAGUAUAUACACUAAGUUUGAUAAUUCUGUUUUAGAGAAUGGUGUAAAAAAUAACAUUUUCAUGUAUUAAAAUAAAACGUGAUUA